AUGGUGUACUUAAGCUGGCUAACAAAAACCCCAAAUAUUGAAGAACUAGGGGGAUUUGAAGAGUACAUUAAGAGGGAAAAGGAAGAAUCCGUGAGAAUAAUGAAGAGAAGACUUAAAAAAGGAAAAACCACAGAUAGACAAAUUGCUGAAGACACUUUAGGAGCAGCAAAUAAACUAUACGCAAAAGGAGAUUUCCUAGGGGCAAUCAACAAAAUAAAAGAAGCCCUGACCUACCACAGUACAAAUGACAAUGCGUACUAUCUGCUUGGUGUUAUAUACGAAGAACAAGAAGAAGCAGAAAAGGCAUUUAAUGCAUUUUUAAUUUCAGCCAGUAUUAAAAGGACAGAUAUUACACUAUGGAAGAGACUAUAUGAGUACAAGAGAAGAGAAGAUGACUUAGAGUACCAAGUAUAUAUACUGAAGAAAAUAAAAAAAUUAAAACCAACGAAUGAAGUACUAGAAGACCUUCUGGAGAUAUACGAGAGACAGAAGAAUCAAAGUAAAAUAUUUGAGAUAAAAGCAGAGAUGAUGGGACCUGAAUUUCCUGCUGAGAUAAUAUUUGAGAUUCUAGAGAAUAUUCGUACGUUAAAGAAUAGAGUGAAAAUAAUAGAGAUAAUUAGUAGGGCACUUGAUAGAGAGAAAGUAUUUGCUGACUUAUCAGACAGGUUUAUCAUAGGAUAUGUUGACUUACUGUUCACUCAGGGCCAUUAUUCCCUUCUUUCUCAACUGAAUAAUUCAUUACAAUACUGUAAGAAGACGGUUAUUUGUAUUAGAUCUCAAAUAAUUCUGUUUUUUUCUGUAAUUAUAUCUGAGAUUAUGAAUAAGUGCCAGAUUUGCACAGGAAAUAGUCUUUGUACAUGCAGGGAUACAGCAGAUAUCGAUGCCUCUUAUAAUAUCUUAAUUGAAACAAGCAAAAAAACUGCCAUAAUUAACGUAAUUUUCAACACAGAAGCACUCUCAGAUCCAAUACAUCUGCACCUAACAGGUUACCUAAUAGAUAUACUAAUUAAAAUGCGUAAAUAUAAGCUGUCUGUUAAGUUAUUACUAAUUAUUAAUGGCCAUAUGGACAGAAUACUUAGUCAGAAGGACAGUCUAAAGAGUGUAAAUUUAAUUAGAGACAGAAUCCUUCAUGAGAGUAUAAAUAUUAAGAAGAGAAUUGCCUUUAUAUACGACAGACUAAAGGAAUAUGAUAAGAGUAUCAUGCAUUACAAGGCAAUUUUGGAUGGAGGGUACGCAGAUACAAUGCAAAGUGUCUUAGAAGAAGUAAAAAUGAGAAUAUCUGAGAUCUACAAAAAAACCGGUAAUAUUGAUCUAGCACUGGAAUAUGCACUCCAGAUACAAACAGCAACAAUAUCAACUGAUCUACAAAGAGAAGACCUUCUAUUUUAUACAGAAAUAGGGUGCAUGCAUAUGAGAUCUCUACUGUACAAGGCCAUGCACAUAUACAGUGAUGAUAAAAUAGCAUAUGAUCCAUCUGUUAGAACAUAUUUUAUCCGUUCAGCACAAGAAUUAGUACAAUUUCUGUUGAAAAACACUUUUGUUUUUGCAAAAAAAAAGAAAAAAAGAAGUCUUCAGGAGACAGAUCAUACUCCUGCACCAGAGGAACAACUUAUUAGUACAAAAGAAUUUGAGACAGAUUAUGAUCUACUCCAUGGGACAAGUGGUCUUGGUAAAGUAUUCUCUAAUGAAGUAUCUGAGGAGAUAUCAGCUGGGAAAAAAGUCUAUUUUGACAUGCUUGCGUCUUUGCUUGGGGGACUUACAGUGAAAGAAUGGCAUGGUAUUAUAUACAGAUAUAUCACAGCACUGCAUUAUAAUGGAUCUAAUGAAGCUGCAAUUCUUCUCCUUAGGAAGGUCUUGACAUCUCCUGUACUGCGCAGUUUAUUCGAAGAAUACACUUUUCUUCUGUGGUUGCUCAUCAGGAUAUCAAAGGACACAAAGGACAUUGAGUCAUUGCAUUGGGGAAUUACCCAUAUGGUGCGGUAUUAUGCUCACAGGGCAGGUGUAGAUGCAGUUUCCUUCUAUUAUUUGUGCUAUUUUCUUAUCAGUCAGGUGCCUAGAUUUCACAGAAAAUCAGAAUAUUACAAAUUCCAGAAGAAUGUUCAAAGGAAUCUCAGGAGAAAGAGUCUUUCCAGGGGUACUGGUGCCCAGAAUAUUCUUACAAUUUUAUGUUUCUCUUAUAUGCCUAGCUUUAUAUACACUGACACAGCAGCCCGUUUGGAGAAAUAUGUUGAAGACUCUGUGGUACUCCAGGCUAAUACGACCUUAUUAGACAUAUUCAGGGCAAUUGCACUAUCAUCACUAUUUCUGACGCAUGCAUCCAGCAGGAAGGUUGUAGACAGGGAUAGAUACAUUAAGAAAGGCAUAAAAAUACUGCAGGAAUACACUAUUUACUUUAAAGAAUCACAUAAUCACAGUGAAAAUAAAGUGACAGUUAGAAGUGAAAAUGGAUUAAUUGAAUAUACAGUGUAUGUAGACAUACGGGAAGACCAAACAUACGCAGAGGAUGAUCCAACUGAGAAAUUGGGUCUACUGCAGUAUAAUCUUGCUAGGGCAUUUCACCAGUAUAAAUUGUACGGUCUUGCAGAGAACCUGUACAUUGAGUCUGCAAAGCACACAAGAAACAAAGAACUUCUGUCUCUCCUGCAAAUCAACACAUUCCUCCUGGGAAAACCAUUGAAAGUAUCAGUUCUUCAAUGA